GAGCUCCUACCUGUGGAGCCCCGGGGGGCGCCCCCUCCCCAGGGGACCGAUUGCUUCUCCUCCUUCCGAUCCCCGACCAGCCCAGCCCCGCGCGUCUUGGACAGGUGGCGCCGGGACCCCGGGACAGGGCGCCAGGCUCGCAGCUGGUGACAUGUAGACGCCCGCUGGUCCAGCCUCGGAACCUGGGCGCCCUCUUGCCCGGAAAGUUUGGGGUUGGGCGCCAUGGCCAAGAGCAGCCACCUGAAUAUCCGCGUGGUGGAGGGCCGGGCGCUGCCCGCCAAGGACGUGUCCGGAAGCAGUGACCCCUACUGCCUGGUGAAAGUGGAUGAUGAAGUGGUGGCCAGGACAGCCACCGUCUGGCGGAGUCUGAGCCCCUUCUGGGGAGAGGAGUACACCGUGCACCUGCCGCUGGACUUCCACCACCUGGCCUUCUACGUGCUGGAUCAGGACACCGUCGGGCACGAUGACGUCAUCGGCAAGAUCUCUCUGAGCAAGGAGGCGAUCACCGCAGACCCCCGAGGCAUCGACAGCUGGAUCAACCUGAGCCGCGUGGACCCGGAUGCCGAGGUGCAGGGCGAGAUCUGCCUGGCGGUGCAGGUGCUGGAGGAUGCACGGGGCCGAUCCCUUCGCUGCCAUGUGCGCCAGGCCAGGGACCUGGCCCCCCGGGACAUCUCCGGCACGUCAGACCCAUUUGCGCGUGUGUUCUGGGGCGGCCGGAGUUUGGAGACCUCGACCAUCAAGAGGACACGAUUCCCACACUGGGACGAGGUGCUGGAGCUGCGGGAGAUGCCGGGGUCCCCAUCCCCGCUGAGGGUGGAGCUCUGGGACUGGGACAUGGUGGGCAAGAAUGACUUCUUGGGCAUGGUGGAGUUCCCUCCACAGGUCCUGCUGCAGAAGCCACCCAAUGGCUGGUUCCGCCUCCUGCCCUUUCCCAGAGCAGAAGAGGAUUGUGGGGGGAACCUGGGUGCCCUGCGGCUGAAGGUACGCCUGGCCGAGGACCGUGUGCUGCCCUCCCGGUACUAUCAGCCCCUGGCCGAGCUGCUCCUGGGGUCGGUGCAGGGCCCCGUGGAGGAAGACAUUGCCAGCCCCCUGGCUGUGCUGGAGGAGGUGACUUCCGGGGACUGCCGUCAAGACCUUGCCACCAAGCUGGUGAAGCUCUUUCUGGGCCAGGGCCUGGCUGGACCCUUCCUGGACUAUGUCACCCGGCGUGAGGUGGCUCGGACCACUGACCCCAACGUCCUCUUCCGUUCUAACUCCCUGGCAUCUAAGUCAAUGGAACAGUUCAUGAAGCUCGUGGGCAUGCGCUACCUGCAUGAGGUCUUGCGGCCGGUGAUCAGCCGGGUCUUCGAGGAGAAGAAGUACAUGGAGCUGGACCCCUGCAAGAUGGACCUGAGCCGGGCCCGGAGGAUCUCCUUCAAGGGCACACCCUCGGAAGAGCAGGUGCGGGAGACCAGCGUGGGGCUGCUGACUGGCUACCUGGGGCCCCUCGUGGACACCAUCGUGGGCUCCGUGCCACGCUGCCCGCACGCCCUGCGCCUGGCUUUCAAGCAGCUGCAAUGCCGCGUGGAGGAGCACUUCCCUGGGGCGGAGCACGAGGAUGUGAAGUACCUGGCCACCAGUGUUUUCCUCUUCCUGCGGUUCUUUGCACCGGCCAUCCUCACGCCAAAGCUGUUUGACCUCCGGGACCAUCACGCAGACCCCCAGACCAGCCGCUCCCUGCUGCUGCUUGCCAAGGCUGUGCAGAGCAUCGGAAAUCUAGGCCAGCAGCUGGGCCAGGGCAAAGAGCCAUGGAUGGCCCCCCUCCACCCCUUCCUGCUGCAGAGUGUCUCACGCGUGCGGGACUUUCUGGACCAGCUGGUAGACGUGGACGGGGAUGAGGAGGCUGGAGGUCCAGCCCGGGCCCUGGUCCCACCCUCGGCGACCGUUCGAGAAGGCUACCUGCUGAAACGCAAGGAGGAGCCCGCUGGCCUGGCCACGCGCUUCGACUUCAAGAAGCGCUACUUCUGGCUGAGCGGAGAGAACCUCUCCUACGCCAGGAGCCCCGAGUGGCAGGUGCGCUCCUCCAUCCCCGUGUCGCACAUCCGCGCUGUGGAGCGCGUGGACGAGGGCGCCUUCCAGCUGCAGCACGUGAUGCAGGUGGUGACGCAGGACGGCGCGGGGACGCUGCACACCACCUACCUCCAGUGCAAGAAUGUGAACGACCUCAACCAAUGGCUGUCAGCUCUGCGCAAAGCCAGCGCCCCCAACCAGGACAAACUGACCGCCUGCCACCCUGGUGCCUUCCGCGGCGGGCGCUGGACCUGCUGCCUGCGGGCCGAGCGCUCAGCUGCUGGCUGCAGCCGUACACACUCGGCUGUCACCCUGGGGGACUGGAGUGACCCACUGGAUCCUGACGCUGAGACCCAGAUGGUGUACCGGCAGCUGCUCCUGGGGCGGGACCAGCUCAGGAUGAAAUUCCUGGAAGAUUUUAACCCAGACACAGCCCUGGAGGCAGACGCUGGAAAGGACUCCAUUACUGCCCACAGGGUCUGCCCUGAGGUCCUGGCCCGGCAGAGGGCAGCGGCUGCCCACCUGCUAGAUGUGCUGGAGGAUCUGGACCGAGCCCACGAAGAGUUCCAGCAGCGGCCCUAA